GUUCUAAAAAUGCAUUUGAAUUUUUAGAUGAAACUAUUGCAAGUGCUAGUGUUGGUGUUAGUACCAAUAAUAAUAAUGGCAGUGAUGAUGAAAAUAUUGUUGCAAGUAUUGACAUUAAUAGUAGCAACAGUAAUAGUAGUGGAGAUGAGGAAAGCUUAAAUAUUG